UUUCGUGAGGAUUGUGGCGCCCUUGGGAAGCUGAUCAUGCUUUGAACCUUAGAGGAGAGGAGGAGGGAGAAAACCCUGGAGACAGAGGAAAGAAAGACUCUAGUCGGGGAAAAAGUUUUGGAUGGGAUUAUGUGGAAACUACCCUGCUCUUCUCCGCUGCCCAAGCAGGCUCGCUGCUCCUGCUGCUGCUGCUGCUGGUCUCUCCCCAGCGGUGCAGUCUUCGCAGGCUGGUGGAGGUGGUGAAAAACGACGACGCGGGGAGUACUUGAGCUGUCUGCAAGGACUUGGCGCGUGUCUUGUGCGUUAGAGAGUUUCCACCCCAACCUACCAAAUGUUCCUCUUCGGGAUCUUCUCGCUGACACUUGUUCUGGUCAGCCAAAGACCGGGAGUCCACGCCGAAUCAAAUCUGAGCAGCAAGUUCCAGUUCUCCAGCGCUAAGGAGCAAAACGGAGUGCAAGAGCCGCAUCAUGAGAAGGUUAUUACUGUGUCCACUAAUGGAAGUAUUCACAGCCCUAAAUUUCCUUACACUUAUCCUCGCAACAUAGUACUUGUAUGGCGAUUAGUUGCAGUUGAAGAGAAUAUGUUGAUACAACUUACUUUUGAUGAAAGAUUUGGGCUUGAGGACCCAGAAGAUGAUAUAUGCAAGAUGGACUGAGGUUCCAGAGAUGUCUGCAGCUUUAUGGUGUCUUGCAACUCAGG